AUGUCUACCGAGGUGGAAAACCCGGUGGCUCUUGCCCCCGGUGCCGCGACGCCUGGCUCAUCGACUCCUCAGGAGUCCAUCCAGACUCCCUCGUCCGCGAACAAGAACAACACCACCCCUUCUCCCACUUCCGCCAGCAAUGGACAGGCCCCCUCUUCGCAAUCAAGGCGCCCGCCGCGCAAGAGCACCCUGACCCAGCAGCAGAAGAACCAAAAGAGACAACGUGCCACUCAGGACCAGCUCACCACCCUUGAGAUGGAAUUCAACAAAAACCCUACCCCUACUGCCACUGUCCGUGAGCGGAUAGCUGAAGAAAUCAACAUGACCGAAAGGUCUGUUCAGAUCUGGUUCCAGAACAGACGCGCCAAGAUUAAGCUUUUGGCGAAGAAGAGUCUUGAGACCGGCGAAGACAUCGAUUCGAUUCCCGAAUCCAUGCGAGCCUAUCUCGCCAUGCAGGCGAUGGAGUCCGGCAAGGGCUUGGGUGGCCCCUUCCUGGGUCGAACCGGACUUCUCCCCUAUGGCCACAACAACAUGCUCCUCGGUGGUGACCAGAACGGCCAGGGCAAAGUUUUGAUCCACCAUCUUACCUGCCGUUCUCUCAGCAUUGGCAAGUGGACUCGCGUCGGACAGAACACGAUGGAUCUCAUCAUCUUCUACUCCCCUGACAAGUGCACCAUGACCUACUACAUCAACAACGAGCAGGCGGGCUACAAGAUUGAGUACCCCUUUGCUUACAUCAAGAACAUCUUCCUCGAGAACCAGGAGGGCGACCCCAACAAGCCCGGCGGCAUCGUCAUCGAGCUGAACCGCCCUCCCAACUUCUUCAUGGACUCCUCCCCCCAGGCGAGCGGGUUCUUCCAAUGUGGUGACUUCACCGAGGAUCAGCAGGCUUCUCAGUGCCUUGUCCACCACCUCGGUGGAAACCCCAAGGUCUUGAGCGGUCAGCUGGCGAAGCUCGUCUCUCUCGAGGCUUUCAUGAACCGCAACAACCCCCACCCCUUCAUUGACCAGCAGCACGCCCUCUCCGUGUCGGCACCCGUGUCCCCCACUGGGCGCCCUUCGUCGCAGCCCAACUUUGCUCAGCCUCAUAUUGGCAUGUUCCAGGAGUCUUGGGGCAUCAACAACAUGCACCCUGGCAUGCGUGGUCCUGGCCACAAGAGACAGCGUAGUCGCUCCGUGCCCAUGGCCGUUGACUUCUCCAUGCUUCAGACUCCGAUGCCGUCGUUCUACAUCCAGCAGCCUGGCGAGAUGGCGGCUCCGCAGACUCCUGGCCCCAACAUCUACGCUCCUAUUCCUCAGCAACCUGGUGGCUUGGGUCCCAAUCUGAGAAUCGACACCCAGGCUGGCUUUGGUCUGGACAUGCGCCAAUACCCCAUGUCAGCCACCACCGCCUCUCCUUCAGAGUUCCCUACGAGCCCUGCUUUCUUCUCCCAGGGUCCUGAGCCCAGUCCCCUCCCGACGUCCAGCUACAACACUCCCUACGGCAGCGCCUUCCUCUCCCCCAUGGCGAACCCCUCAAACAACAUGAUUCCUCCCUCCGUCUCCCCGCUUUCCUUUGGUAGCCACGGGGAGCCCUCCAUUGUUGAGCAGUCGCCUCCUCUCUCCAUGCUCGGUAGACCAGCGUCGGCGGACAUCUACCCCCAGGGUGACGCCGGCUCCUGCGCCGUUUCCGACGACGGUACCGGUCUGAACGAGAUGUACUCUAAGCACACCAUCAACCUGCCGAUGCACCCCCACUCCCCUGCGUUCGUCGAGCCUGGCCAAACCGACAUCGACAUGAACCAGCUGGUGCAGUUCGACCACGUCGACCCCAGCUCAUUGUCCCCCGACUCCAUGUCUCACGUGCCUCAUCAAUGA